AAGGCUCAAUGGCCCAAUACCCAAAUCCUAUGGGCUUAAAUCAAAGUUAUAUUAGGCAAUUUACACCAAUUUUUUUUCAAGCUUUUCAUCAAACAAGUAGCGAACUCUAAAAUGAAACAUGAAGGCUAGAAAUAAGGCAGCCAAAAACAACAUUGUUGACGGUUCCGUUCCUCAGCAGCAAGAUUGUUAUGAAGGGGAGCGUCUUGUUCACGUGCUUAAAUCAAUCCAAAGAGGUAAUAGUUGAAGUUAUUGCAAUGAACAGAGGGGUAGAGUCAGCAAGAGCAUUGGCUGAAAACUCCUUGCCUGAAAAAGUAUGGCUUAAGCAACAAUUUGCCAUUGGUGUUAAUGAUGUGACUCGUGUACUUGAACGGAUGGCACCCGGUGUUGAGAAUGGAAGCUCUGCUCAAUCUCCUUGUGUUAGGCUUCAGGCUAUUUUGUUAGCUGCUGAUUGCAGUCCAAAGUGGCUAAUAAAGCACCUGCCAACGUUGGCUUUGUCAAGGAAGGUACCAUUGAUGAUUGUUAGAGAUGAUAAAAAGGGGUCCCUAAGAUUGGGUGAGCUUGUAAAGCUAAAAACAGCAAUUGCAAUUGGAGUAAAGGCUCGAGGAAAUGCUAUCAAUCAAAUAAUCCAGGAACUUCUUGAUGGUGAUGAAGUGAAUCAAGGAGCAUUGCUUGAAGUCCAAUGAGAUAUGUUUUUGCCGC